AUGACAAGUAUCGUGAAAGCUGAACGGCUGACAUGCCUCGAAUUGUUCCAUAACAACCAAUCUGUCAACUAUGCGGGAUGUUCGGUGAACUUUGACAAGUCCUUAUGCUGGAGCAAGGCUGGGUAUAAUCAGCUAGCCAAAAGGUACUGCCCGUUCACCUUUUGCUCUUCAAAACCUGGAUGCGAGGAUAUUCAAACGAGGUAUAUGGUCUCGAGAAAGUGCAACGAACUCGGCGUCUGGGAAGAAUCCAAUUACUCGCAAUGUAUUAAAGUGGUUGAAGAGCAUUCGCAAUGCAUUCAAGGAUUCUGCAGAUUGUGUCCUGAUAUGCUCCGAGAUGUCGUCAUAUCGGUAUCGCUGACCUUGUCAAUUAUAUCAGUCAUUCUUCUUGUCGCGGCGAUUAUUCUAUUCUCUGUGUUUGAUUCAAUACAGUGUCGGCGACUAUCAAUACACAAAAAUCUGGCAACAGCAUUCGUUUUUCGAUUUGCGGUUCUUGCGAUAUGGACAAUUGUGCAAUCGACAAAUUUGUUUCACGAUUGCACUUCGUUUCAUCCAGCGCCUUUAUGGCAAUUUGAAUGGAUAUGCAAAUUGAUCCUCUGGCUCGUUAUAUACUUCCAAGUUGCGUCUGUUAUGUGGAUGCUCAUUGAAGGAGCAUUUUUGUACAGCCGGUUUACUGUAUUUGCGAUGAGGCAUAGCGACGCCCGUUGGUGGAAAUAUUUGGCUUGCGGAUGGGGAAUUCCGUUUAUAAUUGUGAGCGCUUGGACGAUUGUUCAUGAGUAUAAAUCGUCACAACUCUCUAAUUCAUUCUGCUGGUUACCGUACGCUCAAGGACCACAUUUAUGGAUUUUGUCUGGGGCGAUGGGAACAGUUUUGAUUAUGAAUCUUAUCUUCUUGCUUAUGAUUGUGGUAAUUCUUGUGCAAAAAUUGCGGACUGAAAACUCGGCAGAGUCGAAAAAAAUUUGGCGCACAAUCAAGGCUACCUUAUUACUUGUUCCAUUGCUCGGCGUUUCCAAUAUUCCGCUAUUUUACGAGCCCGAGCAUCCGAGCUCGGUUUACAUGCUCGCUUCAGCCAUCCUCCAGCACAGUCAAGGGAUUUUCAUUGCUGUUCUUUACUGCUUCCUGAACAGCGAGAUUCAAGAAGCAGUGAAGCGUCAGCUCUCAAAAGUUCCAAUCGAGUUCUUCAAACCACGAAAUCGCUUCGAGACCGAGAGAACGUAUGUGCCGGAGAAUCGAAAUGUGCCAUCAAAGAACGGUGUACCAAUGGGUGAACUAAACGGCACCAAAAAGAAUACUACGGAUAGCAAUGACUCGAAUGGACCGAUGAAUUCUGACAAUCAAAUCUACUCGGUGACUGCCAAAUCGGAAGAGAGCCUUUAA